AUGAUUUGUGUCCUAAAAAUUUGAAAUCCAAAUCGGCGCUAGUCCUCCCUUCUCUCUCGGUCGCUCGCAAGAAGUCGGACACCGGCGAUUUUUUCCGGCAGAGAGAUUCCGAAGGAGACGACGACUAUGGAAAAUCUUUUCCUUCAGAUCUUCGAGAGGAAGAGAAGGAUCGUGGAGCAGGUGAAGCAUCAGAUAAAUCUCUACGACCAGCAAUUAGCCUCCAAGUGCAUACUCGAAGGAGUCACUCCUCCGGAAUGGCUCUGGUCUCCGUCUUUUCCCUCUCAAACUUCCGAGUUGAACAAGGAAGAGAUAAUCUCAGGACUUCUGUUCUCUCAUUCAAGACCUUCCAACAUUUACGCUAGUAGUCGUGGCUUUUCAUAUCAACAGCCAUUCAAUUUUUUAGUCGACAAUGUCCAAACGUUUAAGCUUAAUCAACAUCUGCAAGAUCAGUCACUUGAAGAAGACCAGCAGCAUGAUUUGUCACACAACAACUUAGAAGAGGCCGGGUGUGUCCCAUCUUCUGCUCAUGAGCAGGACCCUCCUAAUGUUGCAUCUGCCAGGGAUUUUCAAGAGGAGAUAAUCCCUAAAAGUGCCUCAACUUGUUUUGAACAGAAUGUAAGCUGUUUGUGCCCUGAAUACUCUCAAAAUAACAAAGUUGAAACCGGUCUCGAUGGUACAGCUCCAGGGUAUAUCCGAGGAGAAAGGGUUACAGAUGGUUUCUCAACUACUGGUUGUGAACUGAAAACAAGGUGUACAUCUCCUAGAUGUUGUCCAGAUGAAGCAGAACCGGGUAUUUCCCUUGACCCUACGCUAUCUCUGGCAAGGAUUCAGAGAUCGAAGUCACGUCAAAGAGCUUUGGAGCUUCGUAGUAGUGCAAAGGCUUCAAAAAGCCAAUCAAAGAGUAUAAAUAAUCUCCAAGCUUCCCCUGCUGAAAAUCUAGGUUAUGAGAUAGCUUCUUUGAGGUUGGACAGUGUCAAUGGCAUAGAAUUAUUCGAGCACAAUGAGAAUGAGGAAGAAGUGUGCAGAGAAGAAGCAGUGGAGAAUAAUAACUCUCAAGAUAAAGAAAGAGAUCAGUUUAUGAAGUUCAGUACAACAAAAUCUACUAGCACAAGUGAGAAAGUAGAUUCUGUAAGAAAGUCUAGUGUGGAUAAUUACGCUUCUGUGGCACCAGAUUCAAGAGAUCCAAAGUCUCUGUUUGAGAGUGGUAUUGUGGACGAAAUGGACCUGUCACAGCAGACUAAUACAUCAAACGAAGUAUCCACCAAAGAAGAAGGUAAAGUUAACAAUUCCCAGAGGAAGACUUGCAGUGAGAUAAUCCAUCUCGAUAGAGUUUCAAGAUCCGAAAGCUUGGCCAAUGGGUUCAGCUUCAAGAAUGAAAAGACAAAGUUGAGAGACUCUUGUUCAGGUGAACUUCGGUCAAGAAGUUCAAAUGCAUCUCCCAGGGCAGGCCAAGAAAUAGAAUUGCCGCAGUAUACAGUGAUGAAGAAUGAAGCUUGUAUGCAGAUAGAAGCAGGAAUGAGCAACUCUCUGUCGCAAAAUGUGUAUUCUGAAAGAGUUACAAGAUCCAGAAAUGCUGCUCAAGGGUGCAGAUCCAAGACUGAGCAUUUAGGUAAAGUUGAUUUCUCUUCAGUCGAUCUGCAGUCGAGGCAUUCAGUUGCAUCACCGCAAUGUGAUGAUGAAAGGAAGUUACUGAAGCCCACUACUGUUAGUGGUGAAGGUUUCUUAGUUGAAGAUUACACCGAUGACAAACAAUGGAAAGAAAAGGGUGAAUCUAUUGACACAAGCAUAGUUUCAAGAUCUGAAAGCUUAGGUCAGGAUGACAGCAUGUUGGAUGAGUCUACAGAAGUGGGUCAGAUCCAAGACAGUAAAUCCAAGGCUGAGUAUUUGGGUCAGUUCGAGUUAUCUUCAAUUGAACUGCAGCCAAGACAUUCAGCUGCAGUGCUGCAGUCUGGUGAUGAAAGGGAAUUAUUAAAACCUCCUACCGUCAGUGAAAAAUGUUUAUCAGUUCAAGAAGAUUCUGCUGGUGGUAAACUAUGCAAAGAAAAGGACGAAUCUAUUCACCCUAGCAGAAUUUCAACAGUUAGAAGUUUAGGUCAAGCUGAAAUCUCGGUGGAUGAUCCUGCUGUAGUGGGUGAGUUUGCUCUGCAGGAAAAUGGUGUUGUGUCUGGAGACUUGGUUGAACAUUCUACAACAUCUGAUGUUAGUGGUGGUUCCAAGGUAGUGCAGCCAAAUAGUUCAUGGAUCAAGCCGGAGAGUAGCCAUCAUGGAAAAAUAAGCAGGUUGAGAAGCUCAAGCAUACAAGAGGACUUAGCAACAGAAUAUGAAGCCCCUUCUGUUAGUUCUGAACAUGAAUUGGUUGAUGAACAACUUGAUUCUGGAGUGGUGAAUUCUCCAUCCAACACACUACAUAAUCUUCCUGCACCUGUGAAGCUUGAGCCGCUUCAUUUUAAUGACGAUGAAGAGCAAAACUUCGACGAGAUGCUACUGAAUUAUCGAGAAGAAUCAGCCAAGGGGGAUGGCCCCAUACCAGCAGCAGCAGCAAGAGAAAUUAAUGCUUCAUCUCCCACUGAUCCGGAAAUAAAUCUCUUGGUGGAUAGCAAAUUGAGUGCCAUCGUGGAGCAUGAUGGGCGAGAGAAAGAACGGAUACCAGCGAGGGAAUCACCUAUUGGCGGCGCUGACUUAGAAGCUGGAGAGAGUGAACAUGCAGAGGCUAAUACUGGAUUAUCAAUAAAUAACAUAUCCAAUGUUUGCAUAGUUGCGUCGACAAACAGUCUUAAAAGAAGGCUCAACCCCUCUGUGCCAAACAAUUCGUCAGAUAAUUCGGCCCAAUCGCAGGCUGCUGGGAAAUCUUCCCUCUGUGAGAUGUCAAAGGAGCAACCAUUGUCUUGUCUGUCCAAUCUGAGUGCUAACAAAGAGAUCAAAGUUCCAUUUGAGGAGGAUAUAUACCAGCUAGAUGUAUUUAAACACGCUUUAUCUACAUCGAACAAGAGAAGUGAAGAAAAGACUAUUGCUGAGGAUAGUGAAAGAGAAAUGAAGGCUGAUCUUUGUGUGGGGGAAUGGAACCAGUCAGAACAAUCUCUACAUCAGGUACAGACAUCCUUUGGAAAAGGUUGCUGUCCCCAUACUGGUCAAAAUAUAGCAUGCACAGAAUCAAGAGAAGUCCAAGCUCCUGAAAGCUCUAUUCGGGAAUUCUGCCAGUCUAGUCCCUUUACGGAAAUCUCCCAUCUGCAGAAUAAGCGAAGAAGGACUCUAGAUAAACUAGCUCAUGGGAUGCCUUCAUCAGCAAGCCUACCGGAUGAUGCUCUUGAUUCAGGUUCUGCUGAGGGAAAACAUGGUACAGUUCAUCACAGUGUGGAAUGCCUCAGUCUCAGUCACUAUGAUGUUGAGCUGCAAAAGAUGAUUGGAUCUGCAUCUUCAACCGAGUUACGACUUGACGAGGGUUACUUACUCAAGGAAGUUGGAUUCAAGAGUCCAGCCACUCUUACCUUCAAAUCAGAACAACUCGGAGAAUUAGGGAGUCAAACCAUCCCAAUUCAUGGAGUUGGAUCAGAAUAUACAGACAUUGUGCCAAGCGGCCAAGAAACCUCUCAUCUCUUAGCUAGUAGAGUUUCACACGAUUCAAUUGGUUUGAUAUGCUCAGAUGAUGGAAGCCUCCCUGUGUUAGAGGGCUUCAUAAUCCAAACAGAUGAUGAAGAUCAAAGUGGUUCUCAUGACCAGAUAAAUCUUGAUUGCUUGCGGCUUCCGAAAACUACGGUAGAACGUGCAAGUGUGUUGGAGCAGAUUUGUCGGUCUGCUUGCAUGAGUACUCCCUCAUUGCAACUCUCUACCUCGUUUAAAUUUGACGAAAAGCCGAAGUUGAACCAAUCUGUUCCAAAUCGGCUUCUUGAAAGUAUGCUUGUUAGUAGCAGCCUUCAGACAAAGGAUGAUGAGAGUAAGAAGCUCGAGGGUGGCUCUGUCGUUGUUUACUCAGAAAUUGACCAUGCCUUUCAUGGGAGGUCGCAUUCUGAUUGCCUGCCAUUAUCUGGUGCUGGGUCAGCAUCUGUUGAAACUAGGAAUAUUUAUUCAUCUCCGUCCGGUAAGUUGUGGUAUAGAAGUAUGCAAAAGUCUGCCAGUUCAGAGAAGCGAGGGACUCUGAGUCCAGACCUUCCUUGCAUUGCUGAAGAGAAUGAAACCAUCGAUGAGCAAACUGAGAAGCUGUGGAGUGGAAAUACGCCAAAGUCUGCCAGCUCAGAGAAACGAGGGAGUUCAAGUCCAGACCUUCCUUGCAUUGCCGAAGAAAAUGAAAAUGCUGACGAAUCAUUCGAAGCUGUCCGUGAAUAUUCCCAAAUGAAUAACGCCUCCGCUGAAAGGAAACCGCUUCUUGUUGUGAAUGAAAACAUAGAAUUCCCUGCAGCUGUCUCUGAAGCUAAGGUGCAUGUUGAUAGACAAAGCCUUGACUCUGUCAAUACCGCAUUCAGCUUUACAGCUACGUGCAACAGUGUCAAGAGUAAACUGGGAAAGCAGAACGGUGGUACAAGAAGAAGCACGGUUAAAGGCAAGGAGAACCGGGGUAUCUCCCGAGGAACUGCAAGAAAAAUCGAACCGCUUAUUAACAGGUCCAGUAAGCCGAAAUUGUCCGGGAACUCUAGUUUGACAAUCCAAGGGCCUCGUUUAUCAGAGAAGGAACCGAGGCAGAAUAACAUCGUGUCCAACAUCACCUCGUUUAUUCCGCUAGUGCAGCAGCCAAAACCAGCAUCUGAACUGAUCACAGGGAAGAGAGAUGUCAAAGUGAAGGCCCUUGAGGCUGCUGAGGCAGCCAAACGGCUUGCUGAAAAGAAAGAGAAUGAACGUAAGAUGAAGAAGGAGGCACUGAAACUGGAGCGGGCAAGACAGGAGCAAGAGAAUCAGAGGAAGCAAGAGAUGGAGAAGCAGAAGAAAGAAGAGCGGAAGAGAAAGGAGGCAGAAAUGGCAGAGAGGAAGAAGCAGAAGGAUGAUGAAGAGAAAAAGCUGAAGGAAGAAGAACGCAAGAGAAAGGAGGCAGAAAUGGCGGAAAGGAAGAGGCAGAGGGAAGAAGAAGAGAAAAAGCUGAAGGAAGAAGAACGCAAGAGAAAGGAAGCGGAAAUGGUUGAAAGGAAGAGGCAAAGGGAAGAAGAAGAGAAAAGGCUGAAGGAAGAAGAACGCAAGAGAAAGGAGGCGGAAAUGGCAGAAAGGAAGAGGCAAAGGGAAGAAGAAGAUAAAAAAUUGAAGGAACCUAAAAGAAAGCGCAUUGCAGGAGCACAUAAACAACAACAAAGAGAGCCAGAGGCAAAAUUACUUGCCGGAAAAGGAGAACAAGAAUCGAAAACUCAAGCGAUGGAAGCAAGCUCAAAGGCAUUGAAGGAACUCAGACAUGAACUUGGUAAUGCCAUGAAAACCGCAAAGGAACAGGCAAAUUCUAGGUUGCAAUCGACAAAGAGUGACAUCAGUGAAGAUAGCAAGAGAAUGAGUUCGGUUGGAGACAUUUCCAAGGUAACCGGCGAUCUUGGAAGAGUGUCGGAUGAAACCAGCCGGGCAGGUGGAACGACCGAAGAGUCUUACGACAUAUCUCCAUACAAAUGCUCUGAUGACGAAGAUGAAGACGAGGAUGAAGACGUAGGUGUCCGAAACAACAAAUUCGUCCCCGCAUGGGCCAGCAAGAGCUGUGUUCUUCUGGCAGUUUCUUCCCAGCAAAGCGUCGAUCCGGUGAAGAUCUUCCCCCCCAAAAGCUUCUGCAGUAUAGAAGAAGUUCUUUUGCCCCGAAGGCUCCGAUCGAGGUAGAAGGAAUCUUGAGUCUUGAGAAAUUACGACUGCAUAUAACAGUGAGCAUGAGAGGGUAUAACUCGCACUCUCUUUCUUUGAAAAUUCCUCAGUUGCUUCUGGCUUUAAGCUUAGAAUAAAAUUGCAAGUGGUUUGUGGAUGAUGAUGUAAUUUCAGUGACUUAUGGUCAAUGUUCAUAUAAAAUUCCUCUUUUAA